ACGCUUUGUGAUCGACAGGUGGUAAUGUUCGACCGCUCGUCUGUUCGUUAACAACGCAGAGGCGGCGAGUUUUCAUCCAAAAAUUAUCGAUGGAUUCCCCAAUGAAUCAAUUUCAGGAAGGUUUGGGAAAAUCCCUGGUAUGUAUUGAGUACCCGGGUCGUGUUGUCAACGUUGACAAGAUGCUAAACACUCUAGGUGGAAUCCGAAGCAUUUCGACGGCCUACUGUGAGAAAAAUCGUCGAUUAGAACUGCGGUUUCGUCCCGACGACGUGUUCUGCAAACCGGCUUGUGGUGACAAGCAUCAAGUGUCUGCUGUUCUGCUUAAAGUCAAAGUUAGACGGAAGAAAACAGAUGAUCAAGUUAUUAGCACUAAGGCCAGAGUCGUAGGAAAAAUUAGAGAUGUAUUUAAAUUUAACAAUCUUUGUGAUUUCCAAUAUUUGCCUAUGCAUGCGCCUCCCAAUGAUCCUAUGAAAAUGGAAUGCAUUUAUAAAACACUUGUACCAGAGGGCAUGGCACCCCUUUCUUGGAUACAUAAUCCUGCCAUGUAUUUCCUACCGCCUGCUGCAUUCUCAAGGAUGGACACAGUGCAGGGUUAUAUGUAUAGAAAAGAUGCACCAGCUGAAGCAACAGUUCCACACAAUAUCAUUGGUAGGACACGUAGAAGAAGAUCCAUUCAUGCAAUAUUUGUUAACUUUGAUGUACCAGAGGUUCCUAAGAAGCCCAGAGACAUGGCCCUUAAGCUUUUACGGGUAAAAUUUUUGGAGGAACAGCAUUUGGCAUCUGUCCGAAAGUUGUUUGAAGAACGUCCUGUAUGGUCUAAAUAUGCCCUUAUGUGCAAAACUAAGUUUUCUAAUGAUCAGUUGAAGUUCUUAUUACCAUCUGUAGCUUUUUACUUUGUCACUGGUCCUUGGAGAGUCAUGUGGGUUCGAUUUGGAUAUGAUCCAAGGAAGGACCCUUCAUCUAGAAUCUACCAGACUCUAGAUUAUCGCUUACGUCGCAAGGGUGGGAUGAAGACAAAAGUGAAAGCCAAGCGAAGCUACACAAAUUACCUUUUACCUUACAAAAUGACACCUGCUUGCCAGGCAAAAGUAGCCCUGUUGAAUAAAGAACUUCCAUACAGUAGUUCUGAGGCUUCUGAAAAAUCCAAGGAUGGUGCUGAACUCUACCAGGAAAGCAAUUAUGUAUUCACUCCUGGCAUGGUUCCUCCAAGCCGACAAAUGUUUUACCAAUACUGUGAUGUCCAUGUGCCAGAAAUUCAAGAUAUGAUAGAGAAAGUGCCUUUCCCUGUACCAGAUGUCAAAUGCCAUGAACGAGAUGGUUGGCUUCCUUCUGGGUUUGCAGACCAAUGUCGAGAAAUAAUCAACAAUCUUGUUGUUGAAACCUUGAAAACAGUUGGGCCUUAUGCAGAUGAUAGUAUAAAUUUGGAGGCAAAUACAUCCAGAAAAUCGGAGGGCAUCUCAGAUUCUAGCGAGUCGGAAGGACAAGAUGAAGAAGAGGUUGAAGAUGAGGGAGUGUGGGAAGAUGAUCUUGAUGAUCUUCAAGAAGAUGAAACAUCUUAAAUUAUGUAUUUAUUUUUAAAUCCCUUUGUGAUAUAUUUGUGUAUAUUAAUGUACCUAUGUUGGAAGGUCAAAGUGAAAUUCACAACAUUUGUAAAGAGCAAAUGGUCUUUCUCUCUUAGAGGAGGAACAAAAAUACAACCACUGACUACAG